AUGGAUGCAGAGCUGGAGAAGCUGGGUGGCGUGGAGGAAAAGAAAUUCCCUAUGUUAAUAAAACGCGAUUCCCUCGAGAAGGAGAAGGACCACAUCGAAGGUUUUAAGCCUAAGGUUUCUUGGGUCACAAGAGCUGGUGAACAUGAUCUUCCAACACCGUACGCUCUACGUCCAACUAGCGAGACCAUCAUCUACCCUUACUUCAAAAACAGGAUUAGGACACACCGUGAUCUCCCCAUGAAGGUUAACCAGUGGGUUAACGUUGUUAGAUGGGAGGUUAGCGACCCUAUCCCACUGAUCAGAGGUCGUGAGUUCGAUUUGCAGGAAGGACACAGUGCCUUCGCCACCAAGGAAGAGGCUGAUGAAGAGGUGCUUGAAGUUUUGAACAUCUACUCUCGUGUCUAUGAAGAUCUUCUUGCGGUUCCUGUGAUAAAACGUCGAAAGAGCGACAAGGAGAAGUUUGCUGGUGCGGAUUACACCACAAGCGUCUAG